GCUCCUCCCUCAUCCACUACUCGCACCUCUAAACCCUCCCUCCCGCUUCCCCCAGCCACAACCACAGACCUCCGCGCGCGCCUGGGCUCGCCGCCGCGGAUGGCGCCCCUCCUCCGGCCGCCACCUCCCCCUCCCCACCUCCGCGCGCUCCUCCGCCGCCUCCUCUCCACCGGCGCCGGCCCCGUCCCCUCCCGCAUGCUCCCCUCGCUGCGCUCCACCGCCGCCGCCCCUCGGUUCCUAUUCGGGCCCAGGGUUGUGGUGGCGGGAGCGGCCCCGCGGCGGAAUGGGGUCCCGGUGCGGGCGUUCAUGGCUUCCACCGCGGCGUCCGAGGCGAUGCAGGAGAAGCGGGUGGCCGGGGAGUACACCGCCGCCAACGUCCAGGUCUUAGAAGCCCUAGAUGGAGUUCGCACAAGACCUGGUAUGUACAUUGGGAGCACAGGACCACGUGGAUUGCAUCAUCUGGUUUAUGAAAUAUUGGAUAAUGCUGUGGAUGAAGCUCAAGCGGGUCAUGCCUCGAAGAUUAAUGUAGUCCUUCAUGAUGACAAUUCAGUUAGUGUAACAGACAAUGGCCGUGGGAUUCCUACAGACAUACACCCCCAGACGAAGAAAUCUUGUGUGGAGACUGUCUUAACGUUAAUGCACGCUGGUGGCAAAUUUGGAGGUUCAAAGAGUGGUUACAGUGUCUCUGGAGGGCUGCAUGGUGUUGGCCUGUCAGUGGUUAAUGCUUUAUCAGAGGCACUUGAAGUUACUGUUUGGCGUGAUGGGAAGGAAUACAGACAAAGCUAUUCUCGGGGGAAACCAUUGACGACACUAAAUAGUAUCACACUGUCUGGUGAAACAAGUUCUCGCCAAGGAACACGCAUCAGAUUUUGGCCUGAUAAAGAUAUAUUUACCACCACCAUCAGUUUUGACUUCAAUACAAUCUCUAGUCGCAUCCGAGAGCUUGCCUUUCUAAAUCCCGAGCUGACAAUAACCUUGACUAAAGAAGAAGGACACACAGAGGUUCAACAUAAUGAAUACUGUUAUGCUGGUGGCCUUGUUGAAUAUGUUAAAUGGUUGAAUACUGAUAAGAAACCCCUGCAUGACCCGAUUGCGUACAGAAAGGAGUUGGAUGGUAUAACAGUGGAUGUCUCCCUUCAAUGGUGCUCUGAUUCCUACUCUGAUACAGUGCUAGGAUACGCAAACAGUAUCCGUACUAUUGACGGUGGUACUCAUAUUGAAGGUCUGAAGGCUUCAUUGACUAGAACAAUUAAUAACCUUGCAAAGAAGUCGAAGACUAUUAAGGAUAAAGAUAUUACCUUGAGUGGGGAGCAUGUAAGAGAAGGAAUGACAUGUGUCAUUUCAGUGAAGGUCCCUAGUCCAGAAUUUGAAGGUCAAACAAAGACAAGGUUGGGAAAUCCAGAAGUACGGAGAAUAGUUGAACAAUCUGUUCAAGAAAACUUGACGGAGUACUUAGAGCUUCAUCCAGAUGUUCUGGAUUCAAUCCUAUCAAAGUCCCUUAAUGCUCUCAAGGCUGCCUUGGCAGCUAAGCGAGCUAGAGAAUUAGUGAGGACAAAGAGCGUGUUGAAAUCUUCUUCACUCCCUGGAAAACUAGCUGAUUGUGCAUCAACUAAUCCUGAAGAAUCUGAAAUCUUCAUCGUUGAAGGUGAUUCUGCAGGCGGCAGUGCAAAGCAGGGACGGGAUAGGAGAUUUCAGGCUAUUUUGCCUCUAAGGGGUAAAAUUCUCAACAUUGAAAGAAAGGAUGAAGCAGCCUUGUACAAAAAUGAAGAGAUCCAAAAUCUUAUCCUUGCUCUUGGACUAGGAGUGAAGGGUGAGGAUUUUAAGAAGGAAGCUCUUCGGUAUCAUAAGAUAGUUAUUCUAACUGAUGCUGAUGUUGAUGGUGCACAUAUCCGGACUCUCCUCCUUACUUUCUUCUUCAGAUAUCAGAGAGCACUAUUUGAUGAAGGUUGCAUCUACGUUGGUGUACCUCCUCUUUAUAAGGUUGAGCGUGGGAAACAAGCACAUUAUUGCUAUGAUGAUGCUGAUCUUAAAAAGAUAGUUAACACCUUCCCUGCAAAUGCAUCAUAUCAUAUCCAGAGGUUUAAAGGUUUGGGUGAGAUGAUGCCUGCGCAGUUAUGGGAAACUACAAUGGAUCCUGAGAGGCGGCUGUUAAAGCAGCUUAAGGUUGAGGAUGCUGCUGAGGCCAAUGUUGUCUUCUCAUCACUAAUGGGUACCCGGGUCGAAUAUAGGAAGCAACUGAUCCAGAAUGCUGCAAGCAUGAUCAACAUAGAUCAACUUGACAUUUGAGUGCAUUGAGUAAGGCUGACCCCUUCUUGUAUGAUAGAAGGUCCACCCGACCAAGCAUAGAAGACUUGGUUCUUCACCAGCAAUUUAUUUGGUGCUAGUGUAGCAGUAAAAGUAGGCUAGAACUGGAACCCGGAUGGCAGCGGCUUGCCUGAUUUCCUGGUUCUUCCGACACAUUUGUGGUAGUCCUGUGAUGUGUAAUCCAUUUUGGCCUGGCGGAGAUUACUUGGGGAGUUUGGGGACGUUCCAGUCAUGGAUUAAGGUAGCUGACACAUUGCCACGGAUACGGUGUAGCAGACUUUCACCUAGUGAAAUUUGCGGUGGAUUAUUCAUUAUGCUGCGUCUCGGUCUCGCC